GGCCGCCACCGCCCGACAUCGGCCAGGCCCCGGCCCCGCCGCCCCGGGGGGCCCCGGUCCUCUCCCGCCCCUCCGCUCGCUUCGUCCCUCCCCGUCCCCUCCCCGCGCAGCCGCCACCUCCGCGCUCCUCCUCCUCCCCCCCUCCCCUCGCAAAUAGUCCCGCGGGCCGCCCCCUCCCUCCGCCCGCGCCCCUCCUGCCGCCGCCUCGCGCACACAAUGGCGCUGAAGAGAAUCCACAAGGAGUUGAACGACCUGGCACGUGAUCCUCCAGCACAGUGUUCAGCAGGGCCUGUCGGGGAUGACAUGUUCCAUUGGCAAGCUACAAUAAUGGGACCAAACGACAGUCCCUAUCAAGGUGGAGUAUUUUUCUUGACAAUUCACUUCCCGACAGAUUAUCCCUUCAAACCACCUAAGGUUGCAUUUACAACAAGAAUCUAUCAUCCAAAUAUUAACAGUAAUGGCAGCAUUUGUCUUGAUAUUCUACGAUCACAGUGGUCCCCAGCACUAACUAUUUCAAAAGUACUUUUGUCCAUCUGUUCUCUGUUGUGUGAUCCCAAUCCAGAUGAUCCUUUAGUGCCUGAGAUUGCACGGAUCUACAAAACAGAUAGAGAAAAGUACAACAGAAUAGCUCGGGAAUGGACUCAGAAGUAUGCGAUGUAAUUAAAGAAAUUAUUGGAUAACCUCUACAAAUAAAGAUAGGGGAACUCUGAAAGAGAAAGUCCUUUUGAUUUCCAUUUGACUGCUUUCUAUGAGCCCACGCCUCAUCUUCCCCUGUGCACAUGUUUACCUGAUACAGCAGUGCUGCGUGUUGUACAUACUUGGAACAACAAACUAGAAAUACUGUAUUUCCCCGUACCAACAUUGACUCCUAGCAGAGAAGUGUGUGUGUGAAAAGCUGGUUCUUCAGUCAUAACUUUGUGAGCCUAAAAGCAUUCCUUGCUGAGUUAAAUUGGGAAAUCAAAUGGGAAGGAAUGGGGAGAGUUCUGGUGGCUUUCAGAUUUUCUAGGGACAGUGUUGCUGAUCCGUGAAGGAUUUUAAGUGGAAUCCUUUUAAACUCAUAACAGUUAUGAAAAGCAAGGUGAAGAACUUGAAGCUGUUUCUGUAUUCAUUUUAUUCUGAAGGACCUACACCUUAGGUAAAUGUUAUGACCAAUGAGAAACUGUACCCACAUCCUGUGUUUAAGGUCUAAGUUUAACCGGUCACCAUUUAAAUGGAUUGGAGCUAUUAGUGCAUCAAGUGAUGUUGAUUUGUUUCAACUCUCUCCCUCCCUUCAUACUUUUUUUGGUUUGUAUGUGGUUUCUCAGUUAAUACCUAGCUAAUAGCUCUUAUUUUUUCUUAAGUUUUUUAACUGCUUAGGUCUUUCUGGAUGUAAGGGUAAAAAAAAAAAUCCAUAUGACAGAAAACUUGUGUGUAUUUAAAGACCCAACUGCUCCCCUGGAGCUUGUACGUUCAAGAAUGAAUUAAUCUGUGUAAUAAACUGAUUACUACAGUCAUUACAUAUAACUUUGUGUGAAUAGGCUUUUAAUUUUCAGAGCAGUUUGUUACAGGCUUAAACUAACGGUGGAUUUCUCUAAAAAAAAAAAACUUUUUGGGCUGAAGUCAUGAAGCAGUUUGGUUUGCAUCACACAAGGCACCUGAAGAGGCAAACAGGAGCUUGAGCACUUAGAUGAAAUCAGGAUGUGUAGUGUGCCAGGAACUUGACUGUUAAACCAAAUAAGCAGUUUACUAAAUGCGAAUCAGAGUGACAUUUUACAAAGCCUGAUGGUAUUACUCCCACUUGCAUGGGACCUAACACAAUGCAUAUGUACUGUAGGUAAGUGAAACCUUAUGUAACUAAAAAAAUGGAUGUAAAAGGGUAAAAAAAAGAAAAAAACCUACCAAACACAUCAGCACAAACUUUCAUAAAAUGUAGCUUUUACAUAAUUACUUUGCACUAAACAUUUGCAAAUGUUCAUACAGUUUUAAAUUGUACUUGUAUGUGUCUUUUUUUUUUCUUUUUUUUUUUUUUUGGAACAAAGUCUUCACUUGAAUCUAGUGAAAAAACAAUGUAGUUUGAAACUUUUCUUUGUAUACAAGUGUAUUUGCCAGCAUCGUUGGUGUGACAGUAGGUGAGUCUGCAAGUUUAUCUCCUCUUAGUAGAAUUGUAACCCAAGCCAUCGGGCAGGAGAGGCUGGAGCCGCUGGCUCUCCAGCCACAGGGUCUGUCCCAGCCAUUCCCAAAUGCAUCUUGACACUCUUGCACAAACGAGGAAUAAAUGUCCACUGCUUUUGGUCUAAA